AUGGCGGACCCCGCGAAACCACCCGCCGCCAUUCCCGUCGGCGCGGCCGCCGUCCCGGCCCCUGCCGUCCCCGUCAAGCCGGUCGGCAACCCGGCGCUGCGCAUGAUGGGCCUGCCGAACCUGCCCAAGAAGCUGCCUUCGCGCAAUUGGCUCAUCUUCUGGGCCGUCUGUGGUACGAUCUCGGGCGCCAUCAUCUACGACCGCAGGGAAAAGACGCGCGCGACCGAGAAGUGGCGCCGCGUCGUCGCGCCCCUCGCCCGCGAGCCCAUUGGCGCCGCCAACCAGCUCCCGCGCCGGCUCACCAUCUACAUCGAGGCGCCGCCCGGCGACGGCCUGCGCGCCGCCCAGGACCACUUCAUCGAGUACGCCAAGCCCAUCUUUGCUGCGUCGGGCAUCGACUGGGAGUUUGUGCAGGGCCGCCAGCAGGGUGACGUACGCGCCGCCGUCGCGGAGAAGAUUCGGCGGACGAGGCGUUCCGUGGAGCGCCCCGGCGAGGAGCUCCCCGCGACGGGCGAGAGCGUGGUCGAGGACCUCCGCACGCGCCUCGAGCUGCCCAAGUACGAGGGCGUCCACGGCGACGUCGUCUUUGGCCGCCACGCCUGGAAGGAGUACAUGCGCGGCUUGCACGAGGGUUGGCUGGGGCCCUUGGAUCCCCCGCCGGCGCCUGUAAUCGAGAGCCCUGAGCCAGUCACGAUACCUGAUACCCAGACGGACGGCGAUGCUGCUGCUACUGCUGAGCCAGAAGAAGAGAACAAGGAGGAAAAGAAAAAGGACGAGAAGCCCAAGCGCCCGCCGCAACCGGUGCCCUACAACAAACCCGAAGACUACGAGGCUGCGUCCCUCAGCAGCACCAUCCCCAACCAGUUCCAGCCCUCCACAGCCGUGCAGUUCCCGCAUCGUCUCGGCUUCCGCCACACCUUUGUGCGCCUGGGGUGGUUCCUGAACCGCCGCGCCCUCGCCGACGACAUUGGCCGCGAGGUCGCCGCCGUGUGCUUUGCUGCGUCGCGCGACUGGCAAGGGGCCGACGAGAAUCAAGAGAUUGAGCAGCAGCGCCUCCUGAAGCACGAGGAGCGCAACUGGCAGAAGUCCGUCUGGAUGCCCGAGGAGGCCCCCAAGCCGGAUGACGACACCCGCACGCCCGAGGAAAAGGCCCGCCCGCCCAAGGAGAGGAUCUGGGCGAGCCCGAUGACCGUGGAUGACCGCAUCACGCAGCGCAUGCGACGGUUUGAGAUGCAGCCCGAGGACGAGGCGCGCGCGCGCGAGGUAGUCGUCCCGGAAGAGGACAUUGAGGGCUUCAUCAAGGGCAGCAUGCGCGGCCUGUGGCGCUGGGGCGUCAAGGCCUGGACCGACAAGCCCAUGCGUCCGAACGUGGGCAAUGUGGACGACGAGUAG